AUGUCCACCAACCAAAACUUCCCUCUCACGAGUCAUAUUGUGGUGUUCGGAGCCUCAGCACCCAAGGAAGGAGAACCUUUGUGGAAUUUGAGCGUUGAACUCGGAGAUAAAUUAGCCCAAUGUGGAUAUUCUGUUUGUAGUGGUGGAUAUGGAGGUACUAUGGAAGCAGUGUCGAAAGGAGCAUCACAACAUCCCAAUGUUGACAUCAAAGGAGUCAUCAGUAGUAAAACAUUUUAUAAAAGACAUGAACAAGGAAACAAAUAUUUACGAACGACAGUGGAUACCGAUAAUUUAUAUGACAGAAUUAAGGGAUUGACAGAUUCAGGAAAUUACUUUGUAGUGCUUCCUGGAAGUCUUGGAACUGCUGCGGAAUUGUUAAUUGUGUGGAAUUUGUACUACAUCAAUUCUGUAUUCCCAGCGAGUGUGGAGCCAGUUCGUAAAAUAUUUGUUUUUAGAGAUCCAUGGGAAAAGAUUAUUAAUUUCAUUGGAAGUGAAUUGAAAGUCUAUCCAGAAUUGAUGAAAGCGUUUGUUUUUGUUGACACUGUCGAUGAAAUUAUUUCUGGAUUGAAUCAACUUGUACGCCAAUAA